CACUGGACUUGGGGAGGCAGUCUGUGUGUGGUAGUCUGGGCAAAAACGACUCAGUCAGCAGAAGAGCUUUUUCAAACCCAUCAUGGGGGGCACUAAGCUCUACCUGCUGAUGCUUCUCAGCUUCUGUGCUUUGGCCCAAUCUCAAGACAUGGAAAGUGCUGAAGCAGAGGCCCAGUGUUUGUUGUCAAAAAGGUUUAAGACCUUGAUGAAAUAUGAAUACAACUACAUAGCAGAGAGCCAGAACAGUGUGAGUGGAACUUCCACACUAAAAAGUGGCCCCAGAGUCAAUUGUAAGGUGGAGAUAGAGGUCCCUCGGAUCUGCAGCUUCCUCCUCCACACUAAGGAAUGCAGUCUGACUGAAUUGUCUGAUACCGGACUUCAUGAAACUGCUCCCAAUUCUCUGGCUUUCAAAACUGCCAUGGAAAGGAACUCGCUGAAGUUCGUGGUGGAAAAGAACACUGAUGUGAAAUUGUUUCCUGAGGACGGUGAGCUCACCUCCAUCCUAAAUAUCAAAAGAGGGAUCAUUUCAGCCCUGCUGGUGCCUGUGAUGGAUGAGGAGAACAAAGAAAACAUGGAAACUGUUCAUGGGAUGUGUGAGACUGAGGUCACUGUGAAUGCAAGGGAGGACAUCGCCACUGAAGUCUCGGUCGUGAGGGACUUGUCCAACUGUGACCAAUUUCGUCCAGUAAAAGACUUUACCAGCCCUCUUGCACUAAUUUCCGGCAUGAACACCCCUCUCUCCACCCUCAUUGACAGCAUGCAGGUCUGCAACUAUACGUUUGACAAGAUGAAGAAGCACAUGACUAGUGGCGCCUGCUCUGAGAAGCACAUUUUCCUGCCUUUUUCCCAACAACAGGAAUAUGGAAUUUUAACUCUGGUAAAGCAGAAUUUAACUCUUCUGGACUCCAGCAAGAGCGACAACACAGUCUUCAAUCCUAAUGAAGCAAACCGGAAAGCUCUGUACAUGGAGUUUGCUGAAGACAAAGACCCUAGUGAGACAGCAGAUUCUGUCCUGAGACCCCUGAAGAAGCUCAGCACUCUGUCCCAGACCCAGCACGGCAGUCUCCGAGCCCCUCUUUUCCAGAGGGUGGUGACUGAGAUGCGUAGGCUCAGUAACAAUACCCUCAGUGCUUCUGUCAAAGAGAUGAUGAAGGUGUCCAGCUCCCUGACUUGGCAAGCACUGGCUCAGUGUGGAACUCCAGAGUGCAUCAGCACCAUCCUGCAGAUCCUCAGGACCUUUGACAGAAGUGCUCCAGUGGUUGACAUCACAGUUUAUGCCCUGGGCUUGCUGCUUAGCCCCAACGGCCACCACGUCCGGGACAUGCUCUCCAUAGCGCAGUUCAAGCAGAGCAAGGCCAUCAUGUAUGGUUUGAGUAACAGCGUCCGGAAGCUCUACAGAAGUGAACAGAAAGUCACGCCUGAGAUCACUGCAGUGUCUGAGUUCAUGGCAUCGUUGCUGGGUACUGAGUGUAAUGGUAACAAGGACAUGACCUUCCUGACCCUAAGGGUUUUAGGAAACAUGGGAGAGGCCAUGGAAGCUGCCAGAUCAAGUCUGAAAACAGUCCUGCUCCAAUGUGUGAGCCAACCUGCAGCACCCCUGCCAGUCCAGCAGGCUGCCAUUCAGGCCUUACGUCAGAUGACCAUCACUGCAGAGGUCCGUCAUGUUCUCCUGCAGAUCGUGUUGGACAGUGCUAGCCCUUUGCAGAAACGAGUGGCUGCCUAUCUGAUCCUCAUGAGGGACCCCGAAGCUGCCGAUAUAGCUCAAGUGAUCAACGCUCUGCCUACAGAGAAAGACCCACAAGCUCAGAGCUUUAUAGCCUCCUAUCUUGCUAACAUCCUGUCCUCAAAUAACACUGCAUAUGAGGACAUAAAGCAGAAGAUCAUAGAUGCCUUGCAGGAUAACAAGUUACCCUCCCCAAAACACUUCAGAGAAUUCUCCCAGAACUACAAAAUGGGUGUAGUUCAAGGAAACGUGCUGUUUGAUUCCUCUGGUUACAUGCCCAAGGAGGUCAUGCUGGAGGCCACAUUGCAGGCCUAUGGAUUGCCCCAUGAUAUGUUUGAAAUUGGCAUGCAGGGAAAAGGACUUGAACCAGCUAUUGAAGCCUUGUUUGGGCAGAAUGGCUUCUUCCCUAACGCUGUGUUGACGACCAUAUCCUGGGUUGAGGAUAGGAUACCCCAAAGAAUCAGGGAAGUUUUGAAGCACUGGAUGCCUCUCAACAAUGAAAGAAUGAAGAAACCGGUUCCACAAAACAUUAUGAAGGAAAUUCGGCAUAACUUCUACGAAACAAUGAAGGGCUUGAGGGAUCAACACUCCCCAGAAGUUACAGCUUACCUAAAAAUUUUUCAGAAUGAUUUUGGACACUUUAAAACAAGCGAACUGCACGACAUAGUGAACUCUGCGCUCCUGCUUGGAGCAAAUCUGUUUCCCAAAAAUCUUGUGAAGUCUUUGCUGUCAAACACCGACAAUGAAAUUUUCGCCCAUUAUAUCUUCAUGGAUAACAAGUUCUUCCUGCCAACUAGCUCUGGCUUCCCUUUGAGGUUCUCUCUGUCUGGUACCUCUGCUCCUGGAGCUAUGGGAGGAUUCCACGUGGCUUCCAAGAUGUUGCAGGAAACAUAUUUCCAGCCCUUCCUUGGGGUUGAUUUUGAAACUCAGAUGGGUGUCCAUAUCCCCUCAUUUGUUAUAUCAGGCAUUAGAAUGCACACCAACUUUUACCAUGAGAGUGCAUUUAAUCCUAAACUGUCCAUGAGCCAAAACCAAGUCAAGCUCACCCUUCCUGCUCCUAAGGGAACCACUAAGCUUUUCAGCAUUAGCAACAAAAUAUAUUCAUUGACCUCUCUGAAGACAGAGGCACUGCCCUCAGUGACAGGAGACAGAUCCGACUCCACAAAUUGCAGCCCACUCUUUCUGGGUGUGAAGUACUGUACAACACUUCGUUACACUGACACCAGUUCUGCUCAAGCUGGUCCUUAUUUCCCCUUGAAUGCUGGAGAGUCAGAGUUUGCUGUGGAGAUUCAACCCACUGGAGAUAUUACUGAAUACACAGCUACUUUCAGCUAUGAUGUGCUGAAAAAGGGUAAAGAUGGACAGCAGGACAUAGAUACUGUGAAGAUGACUCUGAAAGCAGAAGGUGCACAACCCUCCGAGGCCACAGCCACUGUGAAAUACAACAGGAACAGGAAUGCCCUAUUCACUGACAUACAGGUCCCUGACUAUGACGUAGAGGCAGGAAUCAGGAGUGGUGUCACUGAUAGCACCAUCACAGGGAAGGGGAUGCACACCAUUACGCUUGACAUUGUCAGCAACAAUGUUCCUCAGUUGUCUCUGCUGUGCCGUGGAAAAAUUGAACAGAUGAGGGAUAGUUUGCUGCAGGUUCAGCUUAACAUCCCAGCCAUUGAGACUGAAGCUGCCCUCACUGUGACCAUGAACAAUACCAACGAUCUGACCCUGGAACUUGAGAGUUCUCUCAAUAUCUCAGAGAUCACCUCUUUGCAGAAAGUUAUCCUCAGAUAUGAUGGGACCAGGGCUGAAGUUGAACUUAAGUCUGACCUGAGCUCUGAGGUGCAGAAGCAGUUUGAAGAUUUCCAGAACAUCAUUGAUCGCUUGGUGGACCAGGCAGUGGCUAAAACUGGCUUGAAAUCGCAGAUUUUUUCUGUAAAAUCAAUUGAGGCAAUCAGCAUCUGGCUGAGAAAGGUUACUUCAGACUUACCUUAUGUGGGGAACCUAAAUGUCCCAGAAUUUGCCCUUCCAUCUCUACCCGAGAAGUUGUUUCUGAAUUUUGACAGCAAAUUAAGCUACCAGUUUAGUAAAGACCACUACACCAUUACCAUCCCUGUGCCUUUGGGUGGAAAGUCAUCAGAGGAUAUUAACAUCCCUAAAAUGAUUACCAUCCCACGACUGACCCUUCCUCAAACUGGCCUGGAGUUUCCUGCUGCACAAGUCCACAUCCCCACCUUCUCUCUUCCCCAUCACUAUAACUUUAUGUUGCCUUUACCAGGAUUGGCAGAAUUUUCUGCUAAAGUGAACAGUAAUUUCUACAACUGGGAAGCCUCUUUUUUUGGUGGCAAAGACACAUCAGAAAGCUAUUUUGCUAAGUACAAAGUGAUGGGUGACUGCCCUGUGGAAGUCCUUUCUUACUCAUUUGAAGGUAAUGGACUCUUUACCAAAGUUCUUGGUAACUCCAUGAAGGCUGUUUUGGACAGUUCUCUAAGCCACAAACUCAUUGAUGCCAGUUUGAGCAUUACUGAAAUUGGAAAUAUUACAGAUAAAGUCAUCUUAAAGACCACUUCCAGGAUGAAAGUUUCAAGUCCCCUAGGUCUGGACAUGUCUCUGUAUUAUGUGAAGCACUCUGCCUUCAAUUUUGAUGAGAUUACAGGCGAUAUCAAGUUGGAUGGAGUCUUAAGAGCAGGGCCCCUCUAUGGCAACUCCACAUACUCACAGUCUUUCAUUAUCUACCCUUUCAGAAGAGAAGCUAGAGGAGAAUCUACCCUAAAGAUGGACUCAUCUCUUCUCCAGGCAAACAAUAAGAUCACUGCAGUCUAUGCCAAAGGUGCGUUGUCUAUCAUAUCAGCUACAGAUGUGCAAAAGGGUGUUCUGAGACAUAUGGCAGAGCUCAGCUACAAGAAUGCCAAGUUCUUUAUAAACUCCGAUGUUGUGGCCAAGGCCUUUGACAUAACACUGCGCAAUCAGGCUGAUUUCACUGCCUCAUAUGGAGCUAUCACUGCCAAGAUGGAGUCUCAAGCAGAAGGCAGAAAAAAAUAUGCUUACUCCCUUUUCUCUGGCUCUCUGGGUGCAAGUGGCCUAGAAAUGAACUAUGAUGGUUUCAUCAACUUCACCACUAUUCACGCCUCUCACAAGGCCACCCUCACAUUUGACGAGAAUGGGCUGUCCACUAAGAGCACUACAAAUGUUCAGUACAACCUCCUGACCUUUGAGAAUUUCUUCAAUGGUGUUAUCGAUGUUUCCGGAACAACCUUGUCCCUUGUAUCAAAAGGUUCCUUCCAGGAUCUGAAGACUGAAAACAACAAUACACUGAAGUUAACUCUCACAAGUUUAGCCUUCCAUUCCAUGACUGAAAACUUUUUAAGUGAUAGUAAUUCCUACAAGCAAUACAUUUAUGUGAACCUGAAGCCAUUCAUUACUGCUGUUACUGUAAACAAUAACCUUAAGCUUCAGGCUAUGAACUUGGUGAAUGAGGUCAAAUUGAAUUUUAAACCAAAACAUAUACAGCUGACCGGCCACGUACAAGCAGCCUGUCAAAAAGAAAAAAUUACACACACCUAUGAAAUAAGCUUUGCUGAACUGAUUGCAAAAAUGAAAUUCAGUACUAAUGGAGAAGUCUUUGGAGCUAAUGUGAGUCACAUUUCUGACCUGGAGGUCAAAGGACUCUCUGCAAAGUUCAACAGUAAAGCAAACUUAACCUGCAAAGCUCUCCAUUUCAGGAGCACCGUCAACUCUUUUGUGAAGCCAUUUGUUGUCAGUGUAGAAGCUGUCCUAAAAUAUGACAGUGAGCUUCACCUAUUUGGAAUGCGCAAAGGUGAGCUGUAUAGCAAUUUUCUUUUAAAGGCAGGAGCCCUGGGUGUUGCACACUCACAUGUCUGCAGAGCCUCUACCACACAUGAGCUCAUUGGAGAGACCUUGGAAACCUACAUGGAUCAUAAGACUGACAGUCUGCUUACACCUCAAGAGCAGAAACUUACAUGGAAAGUGACAUCAAAGCUCAACCAAAAUACAUACAGCCAGGAAAUCAGAGCUUACAACAAUCCAGAGAGGAUUGGCAUGGAGAUGUCAGGAACAGCUGAUACAAACCUCUUGGGCAUCUCACAUAAAGAGUUCUCUAUUUCUGGUUUGCUCAAGUACGAAAAGAAUAGUGAAAGCCAUAUCAUUGAUCUACCUGUCACCCAAAUUCUCCCUGAAACCUUCGAGCACAUAAAAAAAAAUAUUGUGAGUGCUCUAGAGUCCCUGAAGAACUAUACCAAAGCAAACAGUGAGAAAAUCACCACCAGGCUAGAAGGUCUAUUGGAUUCUGUGGGUGCUUAUGUAAGCGAAAACCAUGUGGAGAACAAAAUCCACAUGAUAAACCAAAAUUUAAUUGCUCUGACAAAAGAGAACAUUCUUACUUUGGAAAACUUGGAAGCCGCAUUGGAGAAAGUAACUUAUGCUUUAAAAACAAUACUUACUAGCCUAGAAAACAGAGUUAAACAACUUGUAGUUACUUUUAAGGACUUAAAUAGUGAAGACUGGUAUGAUUUCACUGCUGACUUUUUCACAGAACUUGGAAAAGCACUACAGGAAAUUGAUUCACACUUUCCGAUCAGAACUGCGAUUGUCAGAGUCAUCAACACUGUCAAAGAUUUCUUAAACUGGCUGGAUAUGGUAAUAUUAAAAGACAGCAGUAUUUGUUCAGAAGAUACUGAACCCCUUUGUAAGCUGAAAUCUAAGUUUAUAAUGGAAGAUUCUAAACUGAAACAGGCUGUUAAGAGCUUUGACAUCAUGAAGUUUACUCAAGAUUUAAGAAAUUCAUUUCACCUCACUCCUGGAGGGUAUAUUCAAUAUAUUGAAAAUAUUGUAGCUCAAAUUCCCACUGAAGAAUUUAUUGCAAUGCUUGACAACAUUACACUUGUCAUCAUAAACAUUUUUGAAACAUAUGUCAUCAAAGACAAAAUCAAUGAGAUGCCACAAUUAAUUGUCUUCUCUGAGUUGGGCAAGAAGAUGGAAGCAUUCCUGGACAGGGUUGGGGAACUCAUCAAAGAAUACAAAAUCAAAGAAACUAUCCAGUCAAUAAUUAAAAUCCUGAAAUCCAUUGACCUCCCUACCCUGUCUGAUAAAGUCGAUCACCUGCUGAAUGAUGCAAUUGACCAUGUGAGGGCAGCUGACUUCAAACAAAUGAUUGACCAAUUGAAUGAAUACAUUGACUAUAUGGUCAACACGUUAAAGACCUUUGAUUACAACACAUUUGUGCAAGAAUUAAAUAAAAAAAUCGGUGAGGUUACCAGAUAUUGUAAUAAGCAAAUCCAAGCACUGGAGGUCCCACAGAAAAUUGAGGCUUCUCUAAAGUUUAUUAAGUGGAUUCAGGAAUCAAUUACUGACCAUAUGGAACAACUGAAGAAAACCAAAGCAGCAGAUAUAGUCCUCAAAAUACGUGAAAUAAUCAAUGUAACUGCCAUCAACACCAACAAAGUUCUUGACAGUCUGAAGGAAAGAAUUUUCCAGAUGGAUAUUGAAAAAGAAGUUUGUCUGCAACUGCAAAUUAUAAGCCACUACUAUGACUAUAUUAUCAGCUACAUUUCUGAGAAGCUCUUGGGUGUGAUUGAUGGGAUUCACAAGUUUACCGAAGACCAUGAAACUGUCAAUGAAAUGAAACAGAUUGUAGGAGGAUUUUUUAAGGCAUUGAAGACAGCAGACUUUGAAACCCUUUCCUUCACUGUACCACUCACUGAUCUUUUUGUGCCACCCAUUAGAAUCAGUUUUGAGAACUUGCAGGAUGUCACCAUCCCAACCCAGAUUACCAUUCCGGAGUAUACUGUUAUAGGACUGUACACUAUCCCAGCAACCACAAUUGAAAUUGAAGAAAUUAGACACAUGGUUAUUAACCUUAUUGACAGUAUUAUAAUCUUAUAUUAUCAAUAUCAAUCGGCAGACCCAGAAGCUUUCUUGGGAGACAUAAAAAUAAAUUACCCAUCUGUGCUAUCAAACUUUACACUUUUAGAGAUUGAUCUGUCCCAGUUCAGCUUCGCGGAAAUUGUAAUACCAAAACUGAAUGUGGAAGAUCUUGACACCACAAAAUUACAAAUUCCUGAGAUCAAAUUGCCACCUAUCCCCAGCAAUGUCAGAAUACCAGCUUUUGGCAAGCUGUACGGUGAGAUCAAAUUUAAUUCCCCUGGCUCCACUUUCCUGACACUUGUGGAGGUUUCAAACACUUCAGUUACCUCAGUGACCCCACAGAUCACAGCUUACAUUAUUUCAAAUGCUUCUUCUACUGAAGAGGUAUUGGACUACACACUGGAGGCUAUGGUCCUGAUUACAAUGCCCAAAAUGAGUCGUUUUGUCAUAAAAGAGACUGUCAAAGUAAGACAUCUAGCCUUUUCAGUUGAGCACCAAGGUUCUGUCACCAUCUAUGGUACAUCAGUUGAAGCAUCAGGAAAAACCUCUGCCAAAGCAUACACUGAGCCCUACACUGCCGAACUUGUCAAUAGUGCAUUCUUUGCUUUGGAGAGUGGCAUGACAACUUCUGUGGACACUACGUAUAGCCACAAUCUUAACAUAACUGAACUAGAAAUCUCCAGUCAAGUUACAGGUGCUCAGAAAAUAGUUGCUAGUUUGGAAUCCGGGGUCUUUUCCAUGACAGUUACCAACAGAGGCAACGAGAAAUUAUUUCUUGGAAAUGACUCUGAAGAAGAUACUCACAAGAGUGAACUUAACUUCACCAGUGACAUUACAACCACAAAAAUUACCUUCACAGCUCAAACUGUCUCCCAGGAUUUUAGAAUGAACCAAACACUGAAUGCUGACUGUAUACUUUUCAGUCAAAUUACCGUUGAUGGGCGUGUUGAAACAAAAACGCCAUUCCUCAAGAUUAGUACUAUGACAGUUAGUGGAAAUGUUAACAUGGGGGACCUGAGAGUUGAGCUGACAGCUGUCCACAAUGCUGAGCUUACUGAAACUACAAGUGGAACCAUUUCUAACACAUUUAAAUUUUUGGCUCAUCCAUAUGAGGCUGUAUUAGAUCUCAAGAGCAAGGAUAUCACAAGGUUUUUUCUUCCAUCAAAACUCUCUGCAAAGGUUGAUUUUCAGAAUGAUUUUAUUAUCAAUUUUAAUUCUGAAGUCCAGCAUUUCACCUGGUUCACUUUAGCUCGAUUCAAUAAGUACAAAUACUUCCACAGCUUUACCCUAAACAACAACAACAAAGAUGUAGGCAUUCAUGCAAAAGUGAAAGCGAAUGCUAAUCUUGAUUUUUUAACUAUCCCUCUUACCAUACCUGAAUUAGACAUGCCAUUAAUAGGUAAAACUCCAUCUAUUGGCAACAUUUCUUUGUGGGCUCACACUGGGUUGAAGAACAUCCUAACUACAACUAAACAGUCACUUGAUAUGGAUUUCUACAUAGAGUAUCAAAAGAGUUUUGAUACCCUCGGUAAUCUGACGUCAGGUCUCUCAUUCAAGUCUGCAGUGGUCACUUUGAAUGUAAGUGCUGGCUUUUUAAACCAGAAUGAUACUGUAGCGCGAUUUGGAGCUUCCUCGACUUCUGUGUUUGAAGCACUGACAUGCAAACUCAUUGGUAUCAGCAGUCUGACCACAAAGAGAGGAGUAAAACUAGCCACUGCUCUGUCUUUGCAGCACAAGAAUAUUGAGGUCACCCAUGAGAGCACAAUUAACAGUCAAGAGAAGUAUGUGGAAGCAUCUGUAACAACUGUUGCCAGGUGUAAUUUCCCCAUUAUAAAUCUCCAGUUAAACCAGGAAUUAACUGGAAGCAGCAUAACUACUCCCAGUAUAGAGUCCAACAUGAACCUGGAGUACAGUCUCAACUUAUCCCUGAUUGAUGCUAGUGGAGAUGUUAACCACACUUUGAAACUGGAUGCAUUAGCAAGUGAUUUUUCUCUCGAGACAGCAAAUAAAGGAAAAAUUGAUGGCACAAUCAUGACACUUGCCAAUUUUUCUGGCACGCUAAACCAAAACAUCAGCAUCUACUUGAGUGCUGAUACCUUGCGUUCCACACUGAAGACCGUUGUCAACUCUAGCAUUAACCUCGAGGAGGCUAAAAUCUGGAACAUGGACACAAACCAGAACCUGGCACUAGAGACAUCUCAUGACCGUCUGUAUGCUGUCUUGACAUACAAUAAUGACAAUGAAGCCAGUUUCUGCUCUACUCAUGGCAAGCAUUUGGCUCAAGUUACUCUUGAUGUUUUUCCAAAAACAUCUGUGACAGUUAAUGUGGAUAUUGAAAUGUCACAGCCAAACAGCGCUGGAGAGGCAAGUCUAACAGAAAACAUUGUUCUUGACAUCAAUGAUAUGAAACAGAGGCUCAUCUGGAAAGGCAGGGAGCAGCUGACAUCUCUUGUCCACACUUAUGAUCUGUUGCUUUCCAGUGAUGAGACAGAUAUGAAAAUGGAAGUCAGCAAUUCCCUGGAAGGUUAUGCCUCUUUUCUAAAGGAAAUUCAACUGCCUGUCUACCAAAAAGACCUAUGGGAAGUGCUCAAAUUUGAUCAGGUCACCCGUGAAGAAAACACACAGACCAUCCAGAGCUCCUGUAAUGUGACAUACAGUAAGAAGAAUGAGUUUGAGCCUGAAUCUCUAUCCACCACUGUGAAGCUUUCUUCUCCCAUUUACAGCACCACUUGGACUGCAAAACUAGAAAACAAAGAUCCAAAAUUGCUUGCUUCACUUAAGUCUUCCUGCACUUCUACCAUGAACUUUUUGGAAUUUAACCUGGAUGCUACCGAAACUGCUAACUUUCAUGACAACACCUGGGACCUGAAUGGCAAUGGCACUUUCACUCACUCUGACAUGAAAAUAAACUGGGAACAUAUCCACAGUCAACCUCUGAGGUUGAAACAUCCAGCUCCCUCAACCACAAGUGUGUCCCACCACACUCUGAAUGUUGAAAUCUCCAGCUCCAUAUUCACCGACUCGAACUCCAAUUACACUUCCCUGGAAGAUGGGGUCAAUGCCUCUAUCUCCAUUCCACCCCCUGGAUUCUUUGGAUUUCUGCUGGAGAGCAGGACUCCUUCCGAAAUGUACUGGAAAUUGUACAAUCGAUAUCCGUCUGCACCUGAGAACGAUGUGGACAUCCUGACAAUCAAAAUGUUUAUGAAUAAUUCUGAAAUGAUGGAUCUUCAGACCUCCUGGAACAUAGAAGCACCCAAUGAAAUGAUAACAGAACUGAAGGGCAGAGUGCCAGUUAUUACCAACUCACUUUACAACUUUGUAAACAAGUACCAUAAGUCUCACUUUGGGGUGGAUAUUGAGAGUAUAGCGCAGAAACUGAAAAAUGCUAUAGCAAAUAGCUUUAAAGAAGCUUAUAUAUUGACAGCUGAAAACAUGACAGACCCAUCAGAAACCCAACAGUUGUGCAUCCUGUUACAGAAGCUUUUUGUGCUGUACAGGAAAACCACCCUGGCUGAGCUUGAUGCAAUGAUCAAAUUCCUGAGAGAGACCCAAAUCCAGGUUCCUGCAUUCACAGAAAAGCUCACUAUUCCAGAACUCUGCCAGAAAAUCAAAAGGUUUGCUGCCACGGUGCUUGAUCAGAUCAGCCGUAAAACUGACGAUUACCUGGACUUCUAUUUCCAAGCCAUUAUCAACCAGUACAGUGAUAUUGAAAUAACCAUGCCUGCAAUCAAUCAGGUCGCCACUGGGAAAGAAUUCCUGCAGUUCUGGAGACAAGUCAUGACAAUAAUACAGUAUCUGGUUGUAGAAAAGUUGAAGAACCUAGAAUGUUUUGAUGAGGUACUAGAGGAUCUUAGAGAUUUUAUUGAGGCUUUGAUUGAGACGGUAGAGAGGGAGACUUUAUUAGCUGCCACAGUUCUGAGAAAAUGAAUGCUGUUGCUACUCGUGUCAAGGUAAGCCACACUGAGGCUCUGAGCCUGGUCAAGGCGAACAUUUAGAAUUCCCAUGCCUAGAUGAACCUACAGAGCUUCAGUAAUAUUCUUUGGUUUUGGAUUGAUAUAAUUUCUUCUGAUCUAAACAGGUUUAAUGAACAUUUUAUCCACCUUAUACAGCAGGCUUCAGAAGAUAGGUAUUAGAAUAUAUUAAAGUAAGCAAAAAAAGCUGGAAACUGAAAUUGAUUCCAUCAGUGAAAUAAAAAUGAUGAUUC